UCGUCAUGUAAUUGCUACAUAAGGAAGUAUAAGAGAGAGUCUUUUGUGGAAAGACUGGAAGAGGAGAAUAGAAGCAAUUCACUCUGGUGCACACAAUCCCAAAAGUGCUGUUGCAGUCUGACACAAGCCCACCCCACCGGCUGCUGCUGGGACGCCAUGGCCCGCAACCCAGAGGCUUUCCGGGGCUUCCCCAUCCCAUGCCGGCCGGGCACGCACACCGGGCUGGAGAUCCUGCUGGACAUGGCGGUGGGACUGACUCGCGUGGUGCACAGGCCGACGCCGCGGCCGAGGGCGUCAACGCCAACCCGCUGCGGCUGCGCAUCCGCUUGCAGGAUUGGGACUUCCGGGACGUGGCGACGGGCCGCGGCCCGCUGUACCAGCGCGUGACGACGCCGAGCUCCGGCCGCACGUGGGUUGACUUAACAAAGUCGACCCACGCUGUGACGCUGUUCGGCUACGGUUUCGGCGAGCUGAUCUGCCUCGCUGCGACGUUGCCCAACCCCUCGGAAGUCGGGCCGUUAUACCGUCGCCAUGGCCGGCGAUAACGACGGGGAGAGGAUUCCUCAGCGCCUGCCUGCCUAACCUUCGAGAUAUUAUCCGUAGCAAGGGCAACAUCACGACGAACCCGCUCACCAUCUCAUCGGGGAUACUGUGGCACAACCCACCCCAGCAUAAUAUCUUUGGCGGCCGGGGACGGUGGUGAGGCCUCGGGAGCGUGGAAUCCGAUCCAGGAGCUGCUGCCGGCGACCGCGAGCUUCAGAAACCUGCUCAUGUAGCUCGGCAAGCUAGGGAGAGUCGAUCUUGACUCGUGCCAGCACGGGGUAGUCAUCUUUGAGCGCAGCAAGUCGUCCAGGUUCAGCUGGCCUGACGCAGGAGACCCGGUCGUCGUCGACGUUGCUGCUGCUGCUGCUGCUGCUGCUGCUGUGGCCAACGAAGGCGCAGAAGUUUCGUAUUCGCCGAUGCAGAGAGCCGAGGUAGGCAGCAGCGGCA